UGCAGACGUUGGGCAGGUGCAACACGUUUUUUCCGUAUAAUACUUUACGAUAAUUUGGUCACACUCGUAUAAUUUAAACGGCAAUUUUUCAGUGUAGCCAGCUAUUUCAGUUAUCUAAAAUUUAUUGUGUUUAUUAUUUAUUAUAUCAAAGAAUCUACGUUAAACUGCAUAUAAAAUUUAAGAAACGUUGAUAGCGAAAGCUUUAAAAUGAAGUCGGUGGAAAAUUUGAAGAAUGCAAUUCUGCCUAUUACUUUGCUCAAUUGUAUAUUUUGCAUGGGAGUAUUCGAAAUACCCCUAAAUCGCCCACGAUACUUUCUAAGUGGCUUCUAUGUCAUCUCGAUAAUGAUUGGAUAUUUUGUUAUGUUUUACAAGGGAAUUUAUAUCUUCGAGCAAGCGUACAAGUAUGAGUUUAUAAUAUUUUAUUUUGUCAUCGGGCUCAACACCAUAGUUGCUGUCUUGGCUAUAAUUCUGUUCUGGUUUAAGUCAGAGAUUAUAAACAACAUAAUUAAAAGGAAUAGUGUAGCGGAUAGUACUUUAGAGGCAUUGGGCAUAAAAUCAGAAUAUCAGAAAACCUAUCGAAAUAUGUUAUAUCUUAUGGCUAUCUGGAUGCUAGGCAUGAUAAUGAUAUUCAUUUUGAAUUUAAUCUGGAUGCAUGAUGAUACGGGAUACGGAUUUGCCCUUUAUAGCUGCGUAUGUGUCUGUUUUCCGAUUAUGAUAAAUUCUAUAGUGGACCUCACCUUCGCCUCGCUUAUCAGGUGUCUUCAAAUAAAAUUUCAGAAGACAAACAGUCUAAUCAGCAAUGUAGUGUUCUGUGCAAAUAAAUCAAAUACCUUCAAGAUUCAUAAUAAGCAGCAAAAUACAACUACUGAAUUUGUUAUGGCAAAUUAUAAAAAUCACAAAGACAAAAUAUUACAUCUCAUUCAGACUCUAAGACAUUUACAUUUGGAAAUUACGAGAAUAGGAAAACAAAUUAAUCGUGGUUAUUGUCUGCAACUUUUACUCGAAAUGGCAGUACAUUUUGCAGUAGUAACAGCGACUGUUUAUUGCUUAUAUGGUGUAUUUUCUGGCCAGCUACACGUAAUUGUCAGUAACGAAAAGAUUGUUGCUAUGGUAUUGUGGGCAGGCACAUAUUCAAUUAAAAUUGUAUUAGUAAAUUAUCUUGCCACGAACGUAACAAACGAGGCAUAUAAAACCGGUGAAAUUAUACAAUCCUUUGAAGGGUCCAUUAUCGAUAAUGAUCUGAGAGAAGAGAUCCAUCAGUUUACACAACAGAUAGUGCUUAAUUCAUUACAUUUUACCGCUUUCGGUUUCUUUUCAAUUGAUAAUUCUCUUACUGGCAAGUUUUUUGCCACGGUCACGACAUAUGUUGUUAUUUUAAUACAAAUGAAUACACCCAUCAUAGAUUAUAAUGACGAACAACAUAAUGACAUGUAAAAUAAGAAUUCAAAUGUAUUAAACAAUCUUCUAUUAAUGCUAUUCCAAGAGACAGGAGUUUAC